AUGUCACUGUCCCCUGCCCUUCUGGAACCUUCUCUCCCCCCAGCACCUGCCCUCUGGGACCUUCUAGGACCUUCUGCCCGCCCAGCGCCUGCCCUUCUGUACCUUCUGCGCCCCCCCCCCCCGUGCCUGCCCUUCUGGAACCUCCUUUCCCCCCAGCACCUGCCCUCUGGGACCUUCUGGAACCUUCUGCGCCCCCACGCCCCCAGUGCCUGCCCUCUGGGACCUUCUGGGACCUUCUGGAACCUUCUGCGCCCCCCCCCCCAACAGUGCCUGCCCUUCUGGAACCUCCUCUCCCCCCAGCACCUGCCCUCUGGGACCUUCUGGAACCUUCUGCGCCCCCCCGCCCCCAGUGCCUGCCCUCUGGGACCUUCUGGGACCUUCUGGAACCUUCUGCGCUCCCCCCCCCCAGUGCCUGCCCUUCUGGAACCUCCUCUCCCGCCAGCACCUGCCCUCUGGGACCUUCUGGGACCUUCUGGGACCUUCUGCCCGCCCAGCGCCUGCCCUUCUGGAACCUUGGCCCUCCCGGCGGGAGCCAGGCCUCGGCGCUGA